GCGGGAAGUCAGUCAUUGUUCUCCCGCCCUGAGGUGGGGAUGUGUUGAGUCUCUUCUAAUUAUUUCCUAAAUUUCAACUUGUCUUCCUUAAGUUGUAUGCAACAAGGUGUGAGGGAGGUAUCUCCAGGAGACAUAAGAAGUGUGAGAGCAAGGAAGAAGUAUGUUUUAUAGUACCGACAUUCUCAACCCACGGAAGGGAAGGCUGGCCGUGGUGUGGCUGAUGGCUACGGGAAGUUUCAAGUGUGAGAAGCCUCAGGACAGGAACUACAGGGAUAUCAUCAGUGUUAGAAUCUCCAAUACUUGUGAGGAGAUUCUACGCUACGUGUUGUCAGGAGAAAAGAGAGCAAAGGGCCGCUUCUCCUUGUACCUCUCUACCAUGCUCAUGUUUGGUACAGUCAAGGUGUACCGUAGCCAGAUAAACUUCUUGCUCAAGGAAGCGCUGGAAUUCCACGAGAAGAUCAAGGGACACAGACUGGAGUUGGAAGAGGAUUUGUCUCGAGCUGGGAAAAUAGUGACGCUUCGUGAGAGUCAUGUGCUUGACCCGGAUUGGACACCUAGGGCUCCACCUGCACGCACACCUGCCUUCGUCACACCCAGAAAACGAGGGUCUGUUGAAAAAGGUACUACACCGAGCCGCAGAUCUAAGAGAGACUCGGUGACACCAGUGAUGAGAGAAGUGGGGAUGCUGGAGAGUGAGGUGGACGUGCUGGCUCAGCUUGCUACUGACUGGGUUGAGGAAACUCCCACUCGAGCCAGAGCCGCAGACAUCACCCUGCAAGAAGACGUCUUGGAACCUCCUUCCAUAAGGAUAACAGAAGAGGAGCAGGCACUGAUGCAGGAAGUGGGACCGCUAGAUCUGGGACCAAGCUUUGCUACUUGGGAAGGACCCAUUGCUGAACAACGUCCUGCUCCUACUAUAGAUAGCGUCACCAAGAGGCUUGAUCUGGAGAAAGAUGCACGAGAAGAAGCCAGAGAGGAAGGUAGACCACUUCAAGAUUUUCCGCUCGACCAACAACUGGAGAUUUAUCCACUAGUAGUACCUGAGCAGCCGACAACCACUGAAGAACCUGGACCCUUAGAAGGAGCAGAGUUAGUUCUUCCUGCAAUGGAGAAGACACCUCAACAACCCACCAAGCCAGACGACUUACUCAGAAAGAAGGGAGCAGCUCCUCCCGAGGCCCUGGCAGAUCAGACUACUGAGGUUUCUCUACAAGUGCCUACACCAAAACCACCUGAGCCAAUUGAGUUGAGGUUGGAGCCACUGCUGGAGCCAGCAGUGGCAGCCCCAGUCAGGCGACGCAGACGAAGACUUCGUAUCGACAAAAAUAUUGCCAUUUCCACCACUGAAAUUAGAGCACAAAUUGAAGACUACGUUUCCACUGUGAGAUGCGAGACAUCAGCAGGUGACGUGGCUAACUUGCUCGAGUUGAAGAGGGUCCCAGGAGUGCGUCUCUUGACUGACACCUCACACCGCCCCAUGUCCACCAGACUCACCAACCUUCUCAAGUCUCGCUACAUGACACAGCUAGCACCUCUAGAGGACUGGGAUUUUCUUCCUACUGCGAGACGACAACUAAAGUUGGACGAUAUGUCCCGUGAGGAGCCCCGUGCUACCAGUAGUCUACUAAGUGUGGACCUCAGUCACAUUGCCGAUGGUUCUGUGUUACACGUCUCCCACCUGGAUACUUCAAAGGGCUCCUCCAGCAGGAGGCAACAGCUAAGCGAGGAAAACGAACGAGAAGACGUGUCGGAAAUGAGGUUAGUAGUAGUAGUAAUAGUGACAAUAGGUGGUAGCAGUACAGUGACAACAUCAGCAGGUGACGUGGCUAACUUGCUCGAGUUGAAGAGGGUCCCAGGAGUGCGUCUCUUGACUGACACCUCACACCGCCCCAUGUCCACCAGACUCACCAACCUUCUCAAGUCUCGCUACAUGACACAGCUAGCACCUCUAGAGGACUGGGAUUUUCUUCCUACUGCGAGACGACAACUAAAGUUGGACGAUAUGUCCCGUGAGGAGCCCCGUGCUACCAGUAGUCUACUAAGUGUGGACCUCAGUCACAUUGCCGAUGGUUCUGUGUUACACGUCUCCCACCUGGAUACUUCAAAGGGCUCCUCCAGCAGGAGCAUUCAUCUCACCCCGAAGACUGCCCAGUUGGAGCCAGUUGCUCCUCUCAGCAUCUUGCAAGAAACUGCCCCGCUUCUGCCAAUUCAAGAGGAGCAAGGCUUAGAAAUAUUCCCUCCACUUGAGCCCGAGGCCCCUCCAGCGGCUCCACUGAUGGAACCUGCGCCACCGAUACAAGAGACACUACAAGUCGAGGCUGAACUCCCAGCGAGAGUGUCAACCCCAAAGCCAGCCCGAGGUCCUCCUCCAAGACCAGAUGUGAGAGUCCAGAGUGGGUUUGAGGAUAUCGGCUUGGCCACACCCCCAGGGAUGUCACUGAGAACCCCACGCGUCACUACUUAUGUACCUCCUGAAGAAACUCCUGUAAGAGGCCCUCUGCGUUCUCCUGAAGUAGGUGCUACUGUAGUUACUGUACAAGCUGAUGUCCACAUUCCCCAUUCACCGGUGGAAAGGAUUGUGAAUGGAUUGCCUCUCCCCGUCACUCAAGAAUUUGCUUUACCUGAAGCAGUGACUCCAGUAGUAGCUGAAGUAGGUCCUAGGAAAGAACCUACAGAACUUAGGACUCCAAGUCCCAUUGCACCAGCACCCAUACCCCGACCACAUGCUCCUCCAGGGCCUGGUGAUACGAGUGAGGAGUUCAUUCCUAGUUUUAUGUCACCCAUCAGACAGAUAUCACCAACUAGCUUAAAACACGCAGAAACAGAAGAACAUGUGAAGGAUAUAUUAUGCCCGGGAGCAGUGGGAACCGUUGAGAGUCUACUGCCAACUAACCCCACGAAAGCGGAGGUGGCGCAUAUCUUCUAUGUGCUUCUGGAGAUGCAUAAGAAAAAGAUUGUACGUCUGAAGCAAGAUGUUCCCUUUGGUACAAUAUACGUCACUCUACUUUAACUAUCGAGAAGUGAAGAGUCAGAGUAAUACAAGCACAUCUAACUCAUAUCUCAGGUGCAGGUUUACAAUGCUAGUAGACUCAGAAUAUUUAUAGAUAAUUUAAUGCCACUUAUAUAUUAGGGAUAAUAUCAUUCUAAAAUAUUUACAGAUAAAUUAUACAUUGCAUGGAUAACGAAAGAUUUCUUAUAUUUUUUUUUAUUUAUUAACGUAAUUCUGGUAGAUAAAAUAAUUUUGAAUGCAUUAUUUGUUCUAUUCAGAAUAUACAUAGGCCUAUAGACAAACUUUAGAGUCCUAAUACCUAAUAUUGACUAAUGUUUUAAUGCCUCGUAUAGAUAUAUUUAAAAUUUAAUUUGAGCGUUAAUACCAGAUUAUAGCUAUUUAAUAUUCACGAGACGCUGUAUGAUACUGUACUGUAAUACGCAAGUAAUCAAUUUCAACAGCUCUUUAUUAUCGCCAGUGAUAGGUUGUGGCCCUGUUUGCUUCCCUCUGUUACAGAUAUGUUAAUAAAACAAUAUGCAUCUUCUCAAUACAGUGACAAACACUAUAUUGUGUUGUAUUACAGUACUUGUCGGUAAUGUGUCAGUCACAAUUAGAGGACAGGGUCGACUCUCCACAAUUACUUUUAAUGAAUAACCCUCACUGAUGCCUUUUCCUAACCAACCUUAACGGAGACAACAGUGUGGUUAAGAAAACGGUACCAGUGAGGCCUAUUCAUCAGCAGUAAUGGUUGAGAUUUUACCCUCUUUGUUUUUUAAUCGUGACGAACACAUUUAUUUAUUUAUUUAUUUGAACAUUACUCUUGAUAUACUUGCUACAAAUA